AUGCCACUCCGAGACAAGUUCAAGCGGGUGUUUGGUCGCCCUUCCAACAAAUCCUCAUCCAAUUCCAAUGGCGGCAAUACCAAUAGCAAUGGUAUCAAGAUCGAAUACUACCGGCGAGGGGAAGUCCCACCAUCCAAGUUCCGUGGCCCCUUCGAUCGUGAACACCAGAAGAGAUUGGCUGCGUGGACCUUCGAGGGUGCUAUGGCCGCACGUUGUCGUACUCCCGACAUACCCCUCUCCCCUUGCACCACGCACCCUGAGGUGAUGAGAAGCCCACGGGAGAAUACCAAUGAGCCGCCGGCGGUGGAGGUCGAUGAAGGAGCAGUUGAUCCUCUUGACCAAGCUGUACCACCAGACAGUAUGCCGGUACUAAUGGACAUCUCCGGGGACGGAUCAGGACCAUCAGAUUCACGACCUGGGACUGGAACGGGAUCUCGAUCAUCGACGGCCGUUGAUCCGGACAGCCUCAGCAGCUCAUUGUCGACGCUAGUCAAUAACAAUAACAGCCUUCGAGUGGACUCUAUUACACAGAUCAAGGAGUCCAUUCGACAUACGUCGCCAAUCGUACAUGCUGCAUCUCCCAAGUUUAUACCGCCAAAAGAAUCGCCCUUGCCAUUCCCCCCCAAAGACCUGAGCAGGGCAUUGGACGCAGUACGGAUCUGCGUGUGA